AUGUCUGAUCAAUUUACCUCUGUCCAGUGGGAUCGGGACGAUCCGACAAACGAGCCGGGCCCUGACCAAUUGUUUCCCACGGUUGACGAGGAAUCAUCGCGUGCUGUCACUCCCGUGGAAGCUGACAAUGCACAGCAGGAUCAUGAAGACCCAGAAGAUAGCGGGUCAGGAUUGCUUGUUGGCUCGUCUUUGCCGCAUCCUGAAACUCCAGAUCUAGUCAAUGGCCAGGAAAGUUUGGUUGCACAUGAUACAUUGGACAAAGAUGGGACUUUGCAGGAAUAUUUUAUUGAGACUCGAGUUUCGAGCCCGAUGACAGAAUAUGACGGUCAGAACCCAUACACCUCAUAUCUAAUUGAAAUACGCACCAAUUGUCCCUCCUUCAAACAAAAGGAAUACAAAUUACGCAGACGAUAUUCUGACUUCAGCUUUUUAUACGACUGCCUAGCAAACGACUUUCCCACCCUCGUCAUUCCUCCUCUACCAAACAAACAGCGCUUAGAGUAUAUCAAGGGUGGCAGAUUCACGGAUGAGUUCACAGCCAAGCGGGCGGUUUCGCUGCACACAUUUUUGACGCGUGUCUGUAAGCAUCCUUCCCUUAAAAAGUCUCAAGUGUUCCAUGUUUUCUUGGAGGACUCUGAUUACUGGCAUACUUACAAGUCCAACCUCAAGAUAUCGUCAGGCUCUAUCGAUCCAAGCAAUUCAGCAUCUCAAAAUAUAGAAACAGUCACAGAUUACAUCAUGAAUAGCUUCAAAAAACCUUCCUAUGAGUCAACACACAAGCAAGAAUUCCAGGAAAUACAGGAGAAAUCCACGAGAUUGCAGGAGAACCUUGUGAAGAUUGAUCACAUCUACACGAAAGUGCUGACCAGACAGCAGGAUAUUUCAGAUGAUUUUGCACGUUUUUCACAGGAGUUCUCCAAACUUAAUGUUCUUUUUAGCAACGACUUCGAUGGCAAGAGCAGAGACGAUAGCAUGGAUGUGCCCACAAAACAGAUUGCAGAUCAGUUCUCAAAUUUUGGUACAAAUCUUCAGAAGGUUUCUGAGCGGUCAUACUACUUGAACCACGACAUUGAAUACAAUUACCUUACAUCAUUGCGAGAUCUCGAGCACUAUAUAACGCAGCUCAAAAGUUUGGUGAAGCUCAAAGAAGCAAAGGCUCUUGAUUAUGAGAUGUUGUCCAAUUAUCUGGAAAAAGCCAAGCAGGAGAAAGAGUAUUUGGUGAGCGGGGGCUCAGUCACCUCUUCAACUGAGGGCGCCAUCACGUUUUUGACUAGAAAGUUCGAGUCGAUGACGGGUAUAGGAUCGCAUGCACAUGGGAAUUUGACUAACGAGAGGAUUGAGAAGCUUCAAGCGAGAAUUGAGGUGCUUGAGAAGGAAAAAAAUAAUGCAUUUGAAGUGUUUGAGAAGUUUGAGAGGGACAUCCUUGAGGAGUAUCAAUUGUUCGAAAAAAUCAAAACCGAGGAAAUUAAUGAGUCUCUGAAAUUAUUAAGCGAUUCAUAUUUACAGUAUUAUACAGACUUGCUCCAUGACUGGCAAAAUCUGCAAUUAGAGCAGACAGAUCCGAAAGCUAGCGCAGAAUUUGCAAACAAGUUGAGCGAGGAUGAUGAGUUUUUCUCCAAUAACGAUGUGGUGAAAAACAAUGAAGUUUUAGAAGAAAGCCUGAACAAAAUGAAUGAGUCAACUACGUCUUGA